AUGCCGUCGUCGUGGUUGGAGGACGGGGAGCAGUUCCGUUACGACGGAAUGGGCAGUUCGACACUCUAUCAACUGGACGAAGGACGGGUUCCCACGGACGCGGACGGAGCUCAAGCACAUGGCGAGCAUGCUCUUUCAGGACCACCACCACAUCAGCAUCAGAGCCCGAUCUACUCGGCGCAACGAGUAUCAAGCCACGGCGGCGGCUUUGGGACAUACAAUCCCCACGACGCUUGGGGUGUCGGGACGCCGACAUCGAAUCAGCAACGCAUGCAGACAGCUGGGAUGGCAGCGGCUGCGGCCCAGUAUCCCGACGACAUCGACCGGUCGCGGUGGCACGAGGCCCAGCCGCCCAACGACCUCAGCUACAGCCCGACGUUUUCGGAUUCGCCCAUCAUCUCGAGCGUCGGACAUCGGGGCGCGAGGCGGUCCUCGGACCUCGACUCGCUUUUUGAAGACAGCAGCGAUCUCGGAGACGACGAGGAGGGCCAGGCGUCGAUGAUGAUGCAUGCCGCCGCGGGGGUAGUACACGACAGUCCAGCUGGUGUCGUCGCCUUGCCUUCUGAUCAUAAUCAUCACGACGACGACGAUAGUUUCGACCGGCCUUCUCCUUGCGGACUCAGUCAGCAGUUGCAGGGCCAGUUGAACGUCUCGUCGUCCGAGGCGGGGGUGGAACUGGUGCUGCCUGUGCGUGGUCAGGGUGAAUAUGACAUGGAUUUGGCAAGGAAGGGGGAUGAUGAAGAGAAGGAGACGGGGGAGAACGACGACCAUAUCCAGAAACCAGAUCUGGAAGCCUUCACAAUUGCCCCUGCGGCUGCGCCACUGCAGAAUGUGCCUGUCAUCCCGCGUACUGCGAGUGUUCGGGCUGCGACCACACCACCGAGCAAGCGAGGCGGUUGCAGAGCGAGGCGGAGGGGAAAUGGGGUUUCGAAGGACACGCCGACAACCAAGGCUGCGGCUGCGCGGGUUUGA